AUGGGGAAAAAAGCAGGCACCUCUGCUAUUGCAAAGUCUGAAACCGUAAGCUCUUCAAAUAAGGAGGCCAAAGUUCUGGCAGACGGUCAAAAAGACAAGGACGACUGUACAGACUUGGGACCUUCCGCUCAUCCUGAAAAGGGAGCAAACAACAAAGCUGAUAGGAAUGGUCACCAUAAUAUACCUCAAGUCGUGUCAAGGAAGUCUUCUUCCGAAGACGGGCUUAAUGGUAUCCCACAAAAGACUACAAAUGAUACUGGUUUUAACAAAGAGAGGCGUGGUUCAGUGUCUAAAUCUGUCGAAACAACCAAUGGCCAUACACCGCUAGAACCUACAACGCCAGCAAAAGAUACACCCGAUAAUUCUACACAACAAAACGCAUUCUCUGCUAACAAAGAUCCCGAGUCAAAAGAGUCAAAAAGUACCGCUUCAUCCAUAUCACCGGUAGACACAACCUCCAAUUCAACUCCCCAAUCUCCCGAUACCAACAGAGCAACACCCAAACGGAAGCGGACCAAUUCAGAUGAUCAUAAUUCUCGACAAGGGGAAGAGGGCGCUCAUGAGGAAGAUAAUACUGCCCUUGCGGACGAUGAAGAUGAAGAGCCACCUGAACCCAGGCGAUAUCAUGGCAAUAAUCACAACAAAGAUCAGGGUAAUAAUCGCGAUCCAAGGGCCGCGGCUGAUUUUCGAAAGAUUGAGGAGAAAUUUGAGCAUUUACGGAACAGGGAUGACUAUUUUAGGCAUUUUAACGAAAAGAUGCAGGAAUUAGAGCAAGAAGCCACAUUGAUUACUGAAGGAACACAUCCCGAGUAUGUCACGGGUAUGGAAGAAAUAGAGAAGCGACGAAAGAAGCGAUUACAAACUGCGGAAGCAAGAAAAAAACAUGGGAGAAUGUGUUUUCAAAACCAAUUUCAGGCUGCUGAAUAUAAAGCACGUUGUGAAUUUAUGUUACGAAAGAGUGCACUAUUCCAAGAACGAAUUAGCAUAAUCCAUCGCUGUCAAUUUAAAUUAAAUCAAGAGAAGAAAUUGCUUGACGAAGGCCGUUUAUUAUUCGGAUACGGGAUUCCACCAGACAAAGAGAUUCUCACACGCAAUCGACGGCAUAAAGUACAAGAAAUAUCAGAGUUGAGGAUUAUUCAAGAGAGCCAUGGAUUUCCAGCAGAUAUCCUUUACGUAAUAUAA